GAUGAUCACAGUGAUACAAUGGCUGAAGCUGAGGUUCUGUACUCUGAUGUCAAAUUCACAAGAGAAAGGGGAAACACGGGGACCGCUUCCUCACCGGCUGAAGUCACCUACUCUGAGGUCAGGAUCUCCAAGACGCAGCCAUGCACAGGGCUUCUUGAUUCCCGACAACAGCCGGUGUCAAAUGGACGAUCAAAGGUGCCAUCGGAGAGAGUGGCAUUAGGAGUGGUCAGUGUUCUCCUGGCAGCUGCUGUCAUCGCUCUUGGUCUGAUCGCUCAUAAAAACGUGGAACUUUCCCAAAGGCAUGAUGCUCUGGCAAACAAUCUCACCGGUAAACUUUCUCAGCUGCAAGAACAAUACUCUAACGUAAAGUCCUGCAACACGGUGCAGCCAACGUGCCCAAACCCUCCUGAUGUAAAAAUGAAUGAGCCAUGUCAGAAAUGUGAAGAAGGCUGGGAGCUUCACGGAGGGAAGUGCUAUUAUUUCUCCACCGACCGUUUGCCCUGGGAACUCAGCAGACAUCAAUGUAAAAAUCAACAUGGAGAUCUGGUGAAGAUAGACAGCAGAGAGGAGCAGACAUUCCUGGAGCUGAAACUGAGAGAAAAAAUGAACGAACCUGAGGACAAGUUCUGGAUCGGACUGACGGACUCACAGACAGAGGGCACAUGGCUGUGGGCCGACGGCUCGCCACUGGACACCAGGUUGACUUUUUGGUCCUCCAGAGAGCCAGACAACUGGGAAGGACAAGAUCCUGAUGGAGAGGACUGUGUGAGGAUGGGGGAGAAAGCUCCAGACCUGAACUGUUGGUUUGAUAAAUCCUGCAAAGUGCCUCACAGACAUAUCUGUGAGAAAAAAGUAACCGCUGCACAUUUAAAAUGUGUCUGAGAUGCAGUUCAGCUCAAGUAUCGCUCAGCCCGUUACACAUGCUCAAGACCGGAUGCAGGAAGUGGAGUUUUAAUGCAGCUAAUGAUAAAAAUAAGCCCUGCAAAGAUUAAAAUGCUCCUUGAAUGUUUUCUUGAAUAUGCGUAACUAUCAAGGAAAGGAUCACAUGUAAAAGAUAAGAGAUAACAAUCCUGAUUGUGAAGAGUCAACCUAAAGCUUUUUACUGAUUUUCUUAAUUUGUGCUUGGUCACCUGUAAAAAUGCAUGAACUAUUCUAAACUUUAAAGCAUUUACAAAAUGUUUGGAAAUAUUAGAAACUGUGAUUUAUCAGAUGCACAAUAAUAAAAAUGUUAAAAUCUUUGA